AUGUAAGGAAAUGACAUGUAAUCAGAUGAGAUGUAGAAAGAUGCAGAAAUUAAAAUGAUUCAAGAAAGAGAGUAGAAUGAAGAGCUUUAAUAAUUAGAAGAGAAAAAGUCUCUCUUUUCUAACACAACCUAAAGAUGGAUAUUAAGGAUUUUAGAUGUAUUAGGAUUAAUUAUAUUUCUUGGGUAUUGCUAUCUCAUUCAAAGUUAUCUCUCAACAAUCUAUUUCUUGAUAUUCAUGCUGAUUAUUCAAACUUGGGAAACAUAGUUGUAUAAAAUAGGUAUGUUUGAGAAAAGAGAUUCUGAUAAAAAGGUAAAUACAUAGCAUAUAGAAAGGUUUACAAAGAUCCAUUAGAUUUUCUUGAGAAUUAUCCUAAAAUACGAGAAUAAUAAAAGUAAAGGAAAACAAUUGCAGGUUAUAAUCAAAACAUGGAAGAUGAUGUCACAGAAAUAUCUGGAUUAGAUGAAACUGAAAUUAAAUAUAAACCCUUAUAUUGGAUAAUAUUCAAGGAUUAAAACUAUGCAAUAUGGAUGUUUCUUUUGAUAUUUUCAGCAUUAAGUUUAGUAAUGAAAGGGACAUUUAUAGGAAUAAUUAAAAAUGAUCCUUAAUAAGCAAUAAAUAUUAUGUCACCAUAUAAUUAUGAAGGUAUUGAGAUAUAUUUUGAAUUGCUGAAAAAUAACAAAUUUAGUAUUACUACUAAAGACUAUAUUAAAAUAUUUUUACCAAACUCGCUUAUAUUUAUAUUUUGUUGUUUUGUAAUUGCAUUAAGAAGAGUAAAGAAAAAGAAAUAUUUAGAAUAAUUUGGAGAACCCAUAAAUAGAUAAAUAUUUUCAUUCUAUUUUAUAAUUAUUUGGUUUGUUUUAGCAUUAAUUUUAAUUUGUAAUUAAUCAAUAAUAGGAUAUAUUUAUUUUAUUUUGGAAAUGAUAGUUGGUUUUAGAUUCUUUUAAAAAGAAAUUAUAAUAACAAAAUUUGAUAAAUUAGUUUUAAAAAUCCUAAAAUUUACAUUAAUAAGUACAUUAUUAAUUGUUUAUUUUGCUGGUACUCCAAUAAUAACUUAAUUUGUUAAUUAAAAUUCAUAUUGGCCAUAAUAUUUUGGUUUAGAUAUUAUGUAUUGGAUGAGAACAGAUAAUUAAUGGAAUGUAAAAUAUUAUUUUGAAAUAGAGUUACGUAUUCAUGGUUGGAGGUUUGACAUUAUUUGCAUUCUUAUGCAUAGUAACAGAGUAAUUUGCAAAUGAAGAUAGAAAAAUAUUAUUUAGAGAUGCUAUUUAAGAAUGUAUUACCCAUUAUGAGAUUUAUCAAUUUAAAAAAUCAAAAUAUAACACUACUAUAAUGGAAGAUAAAGAGACUCCUAAUAUUUAAGUAUAAUAAAAAGAAGAAGAUGAAUUAGAAAUUUAAACAAAAUAAUAAUAAUUAAGUGAUGAAAAUGAAUUAAAAUAAAUGAUGCCUGGUUAACCUGUUAGAAUGUCUCAUGUAGAUGAAGGUGAAGAAGAAGAUAAAAAUAAAUUACUAUAUAAUUUAAAUAAAGCACUCUUUUCUUUAGGAAAUAACUUUUCUAAAUUUAUUGAUCAACCUAUUGUUACACUUAGAUUACUCCAAGUAUUGAUGAUAACUAUUGUUAUAAUGUAAAAGACUUAUGAAUCAUUAUUAUCUGUUAUUUGGAUUAUGAUUACUGGUAUAUUUAAUUGAUUAUAUCAUAGGUUUCACACUUUAAUAUAAUAUUAAUUCAUUUACAUCAUUGGUUUUGGCAUUGCCAUCUGUAUUGAUCAAUUUUAUAGUAUUUUAUUACUAAUGUAUACCUAAUAUGAAUGAUCCCAAUAAUCCAUUUUAGAUUUGUAAAUUUUAAGAUUAGCUUCCAUCAGAGACAUGUUAAAAAAUUGGUUUUUUUAAUCUUGAUAAAGAAUACAAAUAAGUUAUUAAUGUAAUUAUUUACAAUAAUUUAUUAGCUUCUUAUAAUGAAUAUCACUAUUUAUACUUUUUUUUUAUUUCUUAGAUAAGUUCAUAAAUAUGAUUAAUUUAAAUCAAUAUAAAUUUCAGUUAAAAGAUCUUAAUAAUAAAUUUAAGAAAAAAAGAAAUCUCUAAAAGUAAUUAAAAUAAUAUAUAUAUUUUUUAGGAUGUAAGUUGGUUAACCUUAACAUUUGCCAUUUUAUUAAAAGCCUCAUAUGUUGUUGCUUUAAUCAUAGUAUAUUGGAUUGGAUUUUUCGAUGUCAAUCUUAUAUAAGGUGUUCUAGUAGUAUUUCUUAUGAUUUUUAUUAUAAAUGAUUCCACUCUCUGUAUUUACAAAUAGAAAAAUGAAAAGAAUGAAAUUAAGGAAUAUGUUGUUCCCUUCUCAUUUAAAUAUUGGAUUAUAUUUUUAAUCUACAUAUGCAUAAUCACAUCUUUGAGAUAUAUAUAUAUUUUGUUCUUUUAGGGACAAACUAAUAUAUAAGAAGAUAAACUUUGGAUUAUCAGUUUGAUUGGAAUAAACAAUUAAGAACAUUAUGACAUUCUAUUUUGGGUAUUAUUUUAUUUUGCAGCCCUUUAAUACGAUUCCUAUAGAUCUAAGAUUUAUCUUAAAUAUUCAAAUUAAAUAGUUAAUAUAUUUUUAGCAAAGAUCAGUGAUAAGGAAAAACAAACUAAAAUAAGAACUACUAUAGAAACUCUAUAUUUGUUAUUUAUGAAAACAAUCAUUUGGAUUACAUUCACAUUAAAUAUUUGCUUUAUUAUUUUUACACCAUUUUCUUUUGUUAAUUUAGGAUUAUUUAUUUUUAUAGGAGGACUCUUUUUUUAUUAUACAUUUCAAUUCAUUAGAGAUUAAGUAAAUUAUAAUUCCAUGUCUAGAUGUUGGUAUUUAUAUUUAUAUUCACUUGUAAUGGCAUUUAUAAUAAGAUAUAUAUUUUAAUUUAUUUGUUUACCCAGUUAUAAUUAAAUAAUGGAUUCAAAUCUAGAUAAUCUGUAUACAAAUUUAUAACUUAAAUAUCAAUAAUAUGGAUUUUAUUAAUAUAAUUAAAGCAAACUAAGAAUUGAGUACUUACCUGAUAUGAUUGCCAUAUUUUUUGGAGCUAUUUCUUUGAAUACUUAUUAAUUUUUUAAAGAAGCUUAAAAGAAUAAGUUAAAAUUGGCAAAUAUGACAAAUCAAACUCCACAUACUAUAGAAAAGCCACUAUUAUCAGCUGAUUCAUUAUUAGAGUAGUCUGGUUCAAGUGAUGUCGUAAUUACUGAUAAAAUUGAAAAACAAUAAUAGAAAGACUUAGAAGAUUUAGUCAAGAUUAUGAAAAUCAAUAUCUUAGAAAAAUAUAAAUUCCUUUAAAAGCCUAUAAUGUUCAUAGCAGAAAUUAAUACAGAUUUACUUACUUUAUAUGUUGUAUUUUCUGUAGUCUUUUUUGUUUAAUCUAUUGCAUCUUUUAUUAUUUUGGUUUUAUAUUUAAGUUAUUUUGUCACUGUUCAUAAUGCAUUAUUAGAUAAUGUAUAAGAAAAAAAUUUGUUGGCAAGAUUAAAAUAAAGUAUAUUUAUAUUUUUAUUUAUUAGAAAUUGUGAAUUUGAAAAAAAAAUAUGUUGAUUACAAUUCUAAAUAAAUAGAUCAUAAUGACAAUGAGGAUGAAAUCAAUUUAGUUUAGACUACAAAUCUAAUAGCAAUGACUAGAAUGAGAAUUCGUAUUGAAAAAAAAGUUUCAAUUUGGAAAAUCUCAUUUAGUUUUAGUUGUUUUUGUGUAUUUUUAACUUAUUUAUCAUAAUAUUUAUCUUUAGUGAUAUAAUAAGUUGAUGAAGAAAAAUAAUAAGGAAUUUUAGAUGCUUAAUUAGGAUUAUUUAUAUUUGGUACAUUUGCUUAAGAAUCUAAUGCUUAAACAUGUUUUUGUGGAUAGUUUGAUUUAAAUAAUAAAUGUUAUGGAUCUAUCAAUAAUUCAUCAUCUACUAUUUUUGAUGAGGUAUUAUUCUAUUUAAUACUUGUAUUUGCAAAUGUUGUAGAUGCUGGAUGUACUAUGUUUCUUAAGGAAUAACUUGAAAAGGAAGAAUAAAGUAUAUCAAAAUUUGAACAUCAAUUUUAACUAUAAAAAUAAAAAACUGAAUCAAGAUAAGUUAUUUCAAGAUCGAUGAUUCAUACUCUGAAAGGUAUUCAUAAUCAAGCUGAAGGAGACAGUCCUACUUAGUUCAUUUAAGAAUAAUAAGAAAUAGAUAAUUAAAAAGAGUUAGAAGAAUUUAAACAACAAUAUCCAUUUUUAUCUAUUAAUAUUAUUAAUAAAUAUGAUUAACCAUAAGAAUUAAGUUUAGAAGACCUGAAGAAAAUUUAAAUUGCUGCUAAAGAUAUUAAUUUCUAUAAUAACAGAUCUAGAAUAUUUAAAUUAAAUUUAACAACUGCUGGAUUUGUUACAUUGCAAAGAGUAUUUAUUUUAAUUUUAUUAUUCAAUACUCUUUUAGCUAAUAAUAUAUUUUCUUUAGUAUAUUUGGGUGUAGCUACAUAUUUAUUUUUAUAAAAAACUGGAGCAUCCAAUAUUAAGAUCUUAAAUACAUUCUCAGUUGUUGCUAUUUGGAUAUAAUAUAUUAUGAUAUACUUUUUAAAUUAUGAAAUAGAGGAUAAUGAUAAAUUAUUACCUGUUAUGGCUUCUACAUAUAAUAAAGAUGAUUUUAGUGUAAUUAAAAUGGCUACAGUAUUCUAAAAUUAUCCAUAUUUCAUUCCCUAUCUUGGUUUUGAUAAUGGAGCCAUUAUGGAUUGUUCAAAAUUUGACUAAAAUUCAAGUUCUUCUAAUUCAACUGAAACAAAUUUCUUAGAAAGUCAUUAUUGUAUUACUAAUAAUAAUAUUGAAUGGAUCUUUAUUUUAAAUACUCUUGUACUUUCUCUUAUAUAUUUGUAUUUUUUACUCCUACAACAUUUAUCUAAAUUGAUUUUAUCUACAACAAUUAAAAUGGAAUUAGAUUUGUAAUUUACUUAAUCUAUUUUAUAAAAGCUUUACUCAAAGAGCAAAUUCUCUAUCCAUUUAAAUUAUUAAAGUUGGAAAAAUAGAGUAUAUUCAACAAUGUCAGGUAUAAUUUAAUAGGUUAUUAAAAUUAAUCAUAUUGUCUUUAUUUCAAUUAUCAUUUUAUUAGCUUAAUCAAAUAGAAUAUUGUUAAAUUAUUUUGAAUUUAUCAUGGCUGUAUUGUUUUUGGUUAUUUUUGAAUUGGUACUAACAUCAAAUAGAGAAUCAAAUUUAAGAAGAGAAAGCAUUUAUUUCAAAGUUCUUUUCUAUUUAGCAGUAUUUACUAUAUCAAUGUAUACUAUUUUGAGAUUGCCAUGGAUUUUGAAUUGGUGUGCAUCUUAAGCAGAAGAAAACUUUACUAAAGCUUUAGAUUAUUAAAAUGAGUUUAUUUGUUUAGAAAUUUUCGAAAUGAAACUUGGAGGAAUGAUCUUUAUUAUAUUCUUUAUUUCACUUCACUUUGAUUUAAUAAAUUCGGAAUAAUUUAUUGAAUCUUUAAAUAGAUUUAUGAUUCUUGAACAAUAACAAUCCAAAAUGAUUUCAAGGGCACUUGCCUAUCAUAAGAAUUUUAAGAAAUUCACUGCAAUAAUAUAAGUAACAGUAUAAAAAGAAUUAUUUAAAAAAACAUAAGAAAAAGCUUAAGAAAAAUUAAAAAUGUGGCAUGCAAAAUUGCUUGAUAAAACUAAAGAUAAAGUCAUGAUGGCUGAUGACAUGCAAUUAGAAUAUUAAAAAUAAGAAUAAUAAGAAUAAUAAUAAUAAUAGCCUAAUUAGUAAUAAUAAUAAUAAUAAUAAUAAUAAUAAUAAUAAUAAUAAUAAUAAUAAUAAUAAUAAUAAUAAUAAUAACAAUAAGAUUAAUAAUUCUAACAAUAGUAAUAAUAGAUAUAACCAAAUAGUGAAUUGGAAAUACCAGUUAGAAAAGUAUUUGUUAGUUAAUUUGAAAUUGCUUAAGAAGAAAGAAAAAGCGCAGAGUUGCCAGAAGAAAAAUUAUUAAAAGAUACUAAAUUUCAAAGUUUAAGUAAAUCAUAGAAAACAUGUAUAGAAAUUAUUGCUUAUAUUUAAUCUUUCAAUAAUAAAUUCAAAUUUAUGAGUCUACCAAAUAUUAUGGAUUAUUUACUAUCUUAAAACAUUAUUUUAAAAAGAAGAGUUUAAUUCCCUUUGUCUGAUUUCCUUCAAGAAAAUUAUAGAUAAUUUGAAGAAGAAUUAUUAUAUAUAGAUUAAUUUUAUUCACAUUUACAUAAAAAAUUAAGAGCCAGUCCAAAUUAAAUUUUAGAUAUUACUUAAAUAACAGAUGAAUUAAUCUCAAGAUUAGAAAAAUCUUCAUAUAAUAAUUCAAAAAUAGGUCGAAAAAUGCAAAAGAUUAUCUCAUCAAUGAAGUUGACUUCAAAAUAAUCAAGGUAAGCAUUGAUCUAGUCUUAAUAUUCUAUAUCACCUUAAAUAUAAUAAUAACCUAUUGAAGAAGAUAUUAAUUAUGAAAAUUAUAUUAAAUCUACAGAUUUAUAUUUUGUAAAAAUAGUUGAUGACAAAUAAUUAAUUUAUGUUGAAAAUACUAAAUAUUCAUCAGCUCUUACAAAACUAUCAUUAAGUAUUCUUAUAUUUAGAAUCAUUACAGAAAUCUUUAGUUUAAUAAUUACAUAUUGGAUGCCUUUUUGUUUUUUGCUUAUUAUUUUUUAUUAUGCAGUAGAUAGUGGAUUAUUAGGAGGUGUUUUACCGUUUAUGUUAUUUUUAUGGAUAUUAAUUGAUGAAAAAGUAUAAUCAAAAUUAUUUUGGAUGAUUGCUUUUUCAAUAUAUUUCUUUAUAUCUCUGUUGGUGUUUGCUUAUACAUUAAGUGGAGUAGGAGAAAAAUAGAGUCAAAAGAGGAGUAAUGGAAAUAAGAUGGCUUGGUAUUAUCCUCUUUAUAAUGGAAAUCAAAGUAUUUCAUAUGAAGUUAUGUUAAUGAUUUUUAUAAUCUUUUAAGUUUAUUUUGCCAAAUAAUAUGGAGUAUAUUAUAAGAGCUUAUUAGAUAUUGAAAAUAUGUUUUAAGGUUAUUUGAGAAUGAAAAUCAAUAAAUUUACUAAAUAUAUUAAGAAAGGUCUUAUUUAGAAUUAAAACUUGGCAAAAUAAGAUGACUAAGAAAAAUUAGUAUUUGAAGAAGAUUUUUAUGAUCUUUAAAAUUAACAAGAGGAGAAUAAUUAAUUUUAAUUGAAAGAAAGCGUUGAAAUAGAAAAAAGAAUUAUUGAAGAUCCCAAAAUUUUAUAGAAAGAUUCCUCAAAUUUAUUUGAAAGAAUAUUUUCUUACAAGUUUUCAAGACCAGGCGUUGAUUUAUAUCCAAUUACAGCUAGUAUUUAGAUCUUAAUAUUAAUUUACACUCUUAUAUUUUUUACUAAUAUGGUUAAUGAAUCAACAAAAAUCAAUAAUAUUUUAAAGACAAAUUAAAUACCAACAUCUUUGAUAUGGGCAUUACUUGUUGAAUUUAUAUUAAUGUUUUUUGAAAGAUAUAUUACAAUGAAAGGUAAUGCAGAUGUCGUUGAUAGUGAUAAUAAAAAACAGUCAUUUUUUUAGAAAUAUAAACUCUAAUUUUUACUCAAAUUUUUAUUAUAGUUGUGCACUGUAAUCCUAAUAUAUUGGUUGAUUUUCUUAAGAUUAGGAAAUCCCUGGGGUUAAAAUGCUAUAUAUGACCAUGAUUCUAAUUCAGCUGCAUCAUAUUCGAAAUAUAAAUCAAAUGGUUACAUUCAAUGUUUUUUCAUAUUAUACUCUGCAUAUUUCACUGUUUCUGCACUUUAGCUUAGAUUUGGUUAUAAAAAGCUAAAACUUAGAAAUACUUUAUUAUAAUCAUAUAAUUUAAUAUCAUAUGCAAUAGCUUAAACUUAUUAUGCAAUUCCAUUUUUAUUUGAACUUAAAGUUUUAAUGGAUUGGACAUUCUUAAAAGUAAAAAAUAAAUUAAUUUAUAAUAGACUUCUUUAGAUGUAUUUUAAUGGUUUACUUUAGAAGACAUUCAUGGGAUAAUGUAUUUUACAAAAAAUUAAUCUAAAGAUUAUUUAGAAAAACCAUUAGGUAAAAGGAUCUCUGGAUUUAAAAAAUGCACUUGUGGUUGUUGUUUGGUUUUAGUCAUUUUUGCUUGCAUUUUUGGUCCUUUGAUAUUAUUUUCAAGUUUAAAUCCAGCAUCAGAACUAAAUCCUGUUAGAGGUGGAGAAUUUUAACUUUCAUUAAUAAACACUAAAACAGCUCUAAAUGUAGUAUUAUAUCAAACUAAUUAACUUUAUGGAUUAGAAAACACUUUAGAAGACCAAAAUGAAAUCAAUACAGCCUUAAAUUAAACUUGCACUAAUUCAAUAAUUAAUAAUGCACCAAAAUAAGGAGAAUUAUAACAAUUUUAAUUAUUAAAUUUUUCAAAUAAUAAUUGGGAUAUUUCCUUUCCUUUAUAUUAACAAUUGAUAUAAUAACUUAAUGAAACAAUAAAUGGAGAAGUUGACCAUGAAUUUUUCUUUAAUUUAUCAUUUAUCUUUACAAGAGAUUAAUAAUAAAUUAUACCAACCAAAAACUAUAUUUAAUAUCCUACAACUGGAAAUGAAUAUUUAAAAAAUCUUUAGAACAUGAGCUCUUUACCAAUACCAAUUUUAUAAAAUAUUUAAUAAUUAUUAAGUUGCAGAAAUCGUGUAAAUAUAACUACAAAUCCAAUGUAAAUUUAAUUAGAAAAUUUUUAUAUUGAAACUGUAUAAUUGUACUCAGCUGAUGGAACUUCUUUUAAAUCAAAACCUAUUUAUGAGUAGGGAGUUUAAAGUAAUGCAAGUGCUAGUUUAUCAUUCAUUUGUUCUGGAAGUACUCCUUUGGAUGGUCAAUCUUGGUGGACUCUUGUUUAUGAUGGUAAUUCAUGUUUAUUAGAAACAUGUGACAAACCUAGUAAAAAAGAUUAGCCUAAUGGUUUGAUUAUGUUUGUCAUCUCAGAUACUUUUUCCACCCUAACUUAAGGAUUUAGCAUUAUAACAAUUUAUACAUCAGUUAUUUUACUUAUUGGAACUUUUAUAAGAUCAUUUUUUUCUGGAUAAAUUUGGAUGCUUGAAUUCAAAGGGAUGGUACAUCCUGAUGAUUUAAUUAUGAUUUGCUAAGCUAUAUCUAUUGCUAGAUCUUAAUAAGAUUUCAAAAAGUAUUAUAUACAUUGUUAUUAUUUAGUGAAAAUAUUUUAUACUUUGAAUUGAUUGAUAUUCUUAGAUCUCCUGAAAUUGUAAAAGUAAUGACUGGAACUUGGACAGAAGAACUUAAAAAAAAAGAAAAUGAAAGAGAACAGAAAUUGUAGUUAGAAAAUUAAGAAUAAUAAUUGUUUCUAUAAUAAUAGGAAAAAUAACAAUAAUAAAUAUCAAAUAAUAAUGGAUAAAAAUAAAAAUAAGAUUGA